UUGGCUGCCAGGUUUCGGCUCGGAUGCUCGGAUGCGGCGCCCCGCGGAGCAGAGGCGGCCGCCUCGAACCCGCGGCCGGCCCGAGCCCGCGGCGCGGACCGCCGGCGACGCGGCACGAUGCUGUCGCCCUAUGACAUGUUGCAGGAACCCACUGGCGACUCCAGCUCGCCCAAGCUCGUGCCGUCGUCUUUCCCUACAGCGACACAGGCGGAGUGGCAGAGGGACCCUACCAGCGUGGCGGGAUAUUUCGCGCGCAUCAAAGAGGUAGAGGUUGCAGCUUGCGUGGAGAUGCAGCGGCUCAAGGAGCAGGGCUCCGUGGAGAGAUGCCGCAUCACCGAGGAGCACCGCUCCCGCCGCUACGACCGGUGGGCAGACACGGCGAAGGCCACGGCAUCAGAGGACGCGAGCACGCACCGCGAGGCCAUCGCAGCCAACCGCGAGGUCGCUCAGCACGCCAUAUCCACGAGCGCCUGGGUCGAGGAGUCGCAGGCGCGCUCGCGGAGCUCGCUGCUGCCGGGGCCUGUCGCGUGGCCGUGGUCGGCGCUCGCCGCGAACGUGGUCCUCUGGGGUGGCAUGCGCCGCCUGGGGCUGCGGUCGUGGCGCGGGGCGGUGGUGUGGCUGGUAUUGUGGGCGCUGGCGCUCCGAAAGGCCCGGGGCACUGCGCCGUCCGGGGGGGCGCCAAGUCAGAGGAGGGAAAGAUACCCAUGCCUCUACCCUCCACACGUUUUCCUCUUUCUGGGCCUCCUCGGAGGCCCUCGUCGCCACCGCUGGAUUCGCCUCGAAAUUCUCGUCAGAACGCACCCCGGGAGGGGUCUGGGGAGUAGCGGUAUCGGUGCCUUUCUGGUCUCCCCGCUAAGGGCCCAAAAAUGUUCCGAGCCCCGAAUCAGCAGGGCGGGGGGUGGUCAGGAGUAGUUUUUGGUGCGUGCAUCGGGGGGGCCCUGACCCGAGUUGGCCAAGACCGGUGUCAUCCCGGAUGACUCACUCGAGGCUUCCAGCGUGGAGAGGCCUGGUGCACAAAAGCCAGGAGGCCACACGCGGAUCUGUGGCGUCGCAUCUGGAUGCUUGUGCGUGAGGAGUCUCAAGAUUCUGGUGCUCUCGAAGUUGUCAAGGUGAAGGCCCACUCGGGCCGCGACCCCGAUACCCUCGUCGGCCAGGCCCGCCUCGACGUCCUGGGUAACGCGCAGGCGGACCUGCAGGCCAGGAAAGGCGCGGCCCUGCACGGGCUCCCCGAGGGAUUGAGGCAGGUCUGGCAGCAGCGGUCCAAGGACUCGAUCAAUAUGUGUAGUUUUGUUGCGUGCAUGACUAUGCAAGUUGGCACGGUCAAGGACACCACAGGCCGCCAGGCCCAGGUCCGGAGUGGGGUCCGCCUUCGAAGGCGUGCUCGGGAGGGACCUCCUCCUGGGUCCCGACCCCACAACCUGGUCUGAGACUGCAAGGCUUGGAGAUGACAGCAGUGCGGUCGCUUCUCUGGCACGGCUCAGGGAAUGCACGCCCUCUUUCGCACUCCCUGCAGGAAUGCGCAUGCUAGAGUGGCCCGCUUCGUCUUGCCCGCAAGGACCUCGCUGGGGCCACCCAGCCGUAAGCACGUUCUCUUGCGUGCUGGAGGUUUUGUGAUUUGAAGCAAUUGCGGGGUUUUCUCCAGCGGGCGGGCCAAGAAGCUGUGUCUGCCGUGCGAAGGAGAGCCUGCCAAUGCGCAGGCGAAGUGCCGCCGAGGCAAGCUGCUCAGGGGAGAGAGCCCGUACACAAGUCAAAGACUUCGCGACGGGGAGGCUGUUCCUCUCCCACCCGCUGAGCAGCGGGCUGUGCUGGCUGCGCUGCAAGCUCGCUAGCACUGCACUCUGACCUCGGUGAGCAGCGGUGCGCCAUCGGGGAGUUCGCAAACAAAAAAC